AAAAGUCCAGUCCAGUCCACCCCAUCGGCGAGAGAGGGGAAGCGCAGGUGGGUGCGUGAUGGCCGCCGUCGCCGGAGCCGGAGGAGGCGACGAGAUGCUGCUGCGGCGCUCGCGCCGGCGGCUGCCCCUCGCCGACCUCACGAACCUCUCCUCCGCCACCUCCCCCAUCACCCGCCUGAAGCGCAAUCCCCAGCACCGCACGAGCCCCGCCAGCAGCGCCAGCAGCAUUGGCUCCUCCACCGUUCCCCGCAUCCCCACGCCUCCUCCGCCCGCGGCCCUCUCCGUUUCUACGACUAAGGGCAAGGAUAAAUCCACAAGGGAGCUUCAAAGUUCCAAUACUCAUCUAAACAAGAUUCAAAAGAUCAGUAAACCUAAGGUGAAGACUGGAGGCGUGCUACCUGGGACGUCAUCUCCUCCUAGCAAAAACACAAGGAAGAUAACAAGGAAAGAGCAGCCGCGCACAGAGUCUUUGAUCUCCCCCUUGUAUGCCUCUAGUAAAACAAAGGCGAAGACUAGUGGAGACGUGCUGCCUGGGGCAUCAACACCUCCCAGCAAAAAGAUAAUGAAGGUAACAAGGGAAGAGCAGCCGCGCACAGAGCCUUUGAUCUCCCCCUUGUAUGCCUCCAGUAAAACAGGGCUGAAGACUGGAGACGAGCUGCCUGGGGCAUCUUUGCCUCCCAGAAAAAAGACAAGCAAGGUAACAGGCAGCAGCGGGAAAGAGCAGCUGCAGAUGGAGGAGAUGAGUUGCGAUGAGUCCCUGGUACCGAGCGAGGAUUUCAUCAAGGAGCGGAGGGCCUACUUCGCGGAGAUCGAUGCAUUUGAGCUGGUAGAGGAGUUUGUUUCAUCUGGAAGCGACGCAGAGUAGACGUUCAUUUGGCUCUUGUUGCUUUAUAUACAUCUCUGGAAGUCGAUUAGGCGGGCAUAUGAUUCACAAGAGUGGAAAAGAUAUAUGUGUUGCACGGACAGCCUGGGUAGAGAGAGAUUAGCUGAGUCUUAAUUCUAGAGAGUGGAGUCCAUGAAGUAGUAAAGUGUUGAGUCCUCGAGAUUGGUUGCUGCCUCGCAAUUCCUUUGCUGACAUGAUGGUAGUCGUUAAGCUGAUGACAUGAUGGUAAGUACAGUAGAAAAUAUAAGGUGGUGGUAUGUAUGUAUAAGCUAGUGUAAUGCGUACUAGGUAUCGUCUUGUCAGCAGUUAGGUAUUGUGAUGGCAUGUAUCCAUACAGAACCUGCAGAAGAAGAUGGUGGAAAGAGUAUGAUUGCCGUGGUAGCUGUUGGUUGGUUUGGAAAUAAACUACUAAAAUUUCACAUAGUAUGAUCAUUAGAUGAAUUGUGGCGCUGGUAGUCAAAUACAAGGUCACUCACAUUCUUCUUUUGCUGGGCCACUGGCAUUGGUAGACAGGCAGUGUCAAUUAUGAUGGCAUAUACUAGAUGUGUAAACUGAAUGUACAAGAGGAGAAAAUGAUUGGUGUGACUA